AUGUCCCUCCCGGAACCUUCCAUACGCCCCACGUCCCCCUUACCCCCCAGACUGGAGGCCAAACCCCGGCCCCCCAUCUCUAGGAAACCCCCUCCCUCCAACGGAUCCCCCUCCACCCCCUCCCAACUCGGGGAGAGGGGCAGCACAGGCAGCAAUUCCAGAGGUAAAGUCAAGAGCAUAGUGAGCAAGUUCAGCCACCCAGAGACUACACCUACCACCAGAGGAUAUGCUACACCAACUGCCAAUGGCACCACCAUCAAUCCUCCUCUCCGGACCCGAGGGCCCAGGAGGGCCCCCACAGUCAAGCCCAAACCGUCCCGGGCCUCCAUCCAGCAGUCUGCGAGUCCAGACCAGGCCCCUCCACUGCCCAUGAAGAGGAGCCGGAUCCUGCGGCAGCAGAGCGACCAGGCCAAGAGGGACACCCCUGGAGGAGAGGAGGGGACUGGCAUACCAGUCAGUCGAUCAGCACCUGACGGAAAAGAGGUAGAGCUUCAGCUGAUUGGAGGAGUGGAAGUUGAACCGGAGCACGGUUCAGGCACGCCCCUUAGCCCGUGCUGCGACCAGGACUGCAGUUGUGUGUGCCACCUCCACCGGCCCGGCAUGAAGCUGAUAUGGUCACCCCCCAUCCCCCCUAAAAGAACCCAAUCUCCCCCAAGCCAUUUGAAUGCCUCCAUAGAGGAGGAGGACUCUAUAUAUGAAGCUACUCUACUAAUGGUGGAGCCAACACCCAGAAAGAUCUGUAAAGAACUGGACAUUAAGAAGCCGGUCCGUUGGUCAAAACUGUCCUCCAGCAACUCGGAGGAAAACACUUCGAUCCAGUCCGAUUCGGACCCAUCCCAAACCCAGACUACCGAGGACGCCCCUCCGGCCAUCCCACCUCGGGUACCCCUUGCCCAGGACAAGUCCAAAACACCUGGCCACAACCUAACGCCCGUUCACAGGGGGGGUAUCGCCUUACCUCAGCCCACCGCGGAGGAGUGGCGCUCCCUGCACCCCUCAUCCCCCAACCAUUUUUCGAGCCCCAUAGUACCCCACCGGGUGGCCCCUCCACCCCCCACCAGCCCCCUGCUGCCCCACAGAGUCCCCCCACCUCAGCCCCCCAAAACGGGCAGGGACGACAGGAGACUCAGUAACAUCUCCGGCCAUUCCAUCAACCAAGCUAUAAAAGAACAAGAGGAGGAUGGACGCACUAAAGGAGAGAAGGAGGACACAGAGGAAGACUGUACGCCUGUAGCCCCACCCAGGAGAGGAUCCUAUAUUGACUGGGAGUCCAGACUGCAGGAUGAGCCUCUGUACCAGACGUACCGCGCCACUGUCAUCACCAAGGAGAUCCGGCGCCAGACGGUGUGCCGCAACAUCAGCAAGACUAGCGCCGACUACCACAUGGACUGGACCGCCCGCCGUGGUGGCGUGGGCAUGGGGUCGGGUGGCGUGGGGGCGGUGGGCAGUGGUACUAUUCCAUUGCCCACCCCGGGCCAGAGCACCCUGUGGCAGGACAUACCAGGAGUACGGGACAGUGGGGUGCUGGAGACCCUCAGCCCUGAACAGUGCAAGUACCAGGAGAGUAUGUUUGAGGUGUUGACAUCUGAAGCGUCGUACCUGCGUUCCCUACGAGUUCUCACAGAACACUUCCUGGAUUCCCGGGAUCUGGACGAAGCGCUGAUCAUCCGGGACAGGAAGACCCUCUUCUCCAAUGUCCUGCGAGUCCGGGAGGUCAGCGAGAGGUUUCUGAAGGACCUGGAGGACCGUAUGGACGAAGGUCUGGUGUUCUCCGACAUCUGUGACAUCAUCCACUACCACGCACAGCACAACUUCCCGGCCUACAUCGACUACGUCCGCAAUCAGAUCUACCAGGAGAAGACCUACACAUUCCUCAUGAAAACCAACGUGGCGUUUGCCACGGUCAUCACCCGUCUGCAGGAGUCUCCUCAGUGCCAGCGGCUGCCAUUCAUGUCCUUCCUGCUGCUGCCCUUCCAACGAAUCACACGCAUUAAGAUGCUCAUCGAGAACAUCUUGAAAAGAACAAAGGAGGGGACUACAGAGGAACAGACCGCCUCCAAGGCCCUGGACUCUGUUUCCAAGAUCAUAGAGGAGUGCAACACCCAAGUGGGGAAGAUGAAACAGGUGGAGGAGCUGAUCCACCUCUCCAAGACGCUGGAGUUUGACAAGCUCAAGGCCAUCCCCAUCAUCUCCCAAACCCGUUUCCUGGAGAAGCGUGGGGAGGUACAGGAGAUGGCUAAAGGGGGCACCCUCUUCAACCUGCGUCCCAAGUUCACCCCUGUCUACCUCUUCCUCUUCAACGACCUGCUCAUCAUCGCCACCAAGAAGGGUUCGGAGCGUUUCGUGGUGAUGGACCACGCCCACCGUUCCCUGGUCCAGGUUCAGCCAAUAAGAGAGGACCAGGCCCUGAGCCCUAGCUAUGAACACUGUUUCUGUCUGACUCUACUGGAGAACCACCAGGGACGCAUGAUGGAGAGGCUAAUGAAGGCCCCCUCACAGAGGAAGUGGUACUCGCUAGGCGAGCAGCGUGACAUCCUUUACAAAUACACAAGUCUAUUCACACUCUAUGGUCUGUUUCACAAGUCCAUUCUCUCUUUCUCCUUCUCGCGUUUCUUUCCACCUGACCUGCACAGGUCUGACCUGCACAGGUGGAUAGCAGCGUUCCCUAACCCUGGUAACCAUGAUGGAGAUCAGGAGGAAGUCAUCUAUGAUGACUGGGACUGUCCUCAGGUGCAGUGUGUGGAGCAGUACAUUGCUCAGCAGGCUGAUGAGCUCACCCUGGAACCCACUGAGAUCAUCAACGUGGUGCGCAAGACCAACGAGGGUUUGUACGAGGGGAUCCGUCUCUCCGACGGACAGAAGGGUUGGUUCCCCGUGGAGAACGUUUUAGAGAUCACCAACGAGCAUGUGCGGCGACGGAACCUUCGAGAGCGCUACCGGGUCAUUCAGGCCGCCAGCAUCGUCACCAACAAGGUCAAGACCCUUCCAUAAUGUUGACGGAACAUUCCAGAAUAGUAAAGACCAUGCCUUAAGGUCACCUUAAUGGUGACAGAACAUCACAGAACAUUUAACUGGAUAGGGGAGAGUGAACCAGUGCCUGCCCUGCAUGCUCCCCUGAAUAACUCUUAGCUGUAGAUAUGAGAUUUCUAAGGAGCGCUAUCUUACUGUGGGUUUUGACUAGAGGCGGCUUGACAUUUGCAUAAAGUAGAGCAGAGCUUGUUUUUUUUCUUUCUACCUGUCCACUAGCAGGGUUCUCGCCGUUCACCUUCCCACAGUUCCCCACACAUUUCUCUGCGUGCCCUCGUUGAAAAUGAAUGGGGCAGAACUUGCGGAAUUCAUUGUUUGUGAAAACCCUACGUUAGCAUGUUUUCAUUUUGUACAAAUUACUCAUUUGUUGGAAGUUAUGAGGAAUGUUUUUUUAGGGAACUUUAAAAGAACCAGGAAAUGAAAAAUAUGGAAGGAGAAGGAUGAUGUACUAAUUUAUUACAGGCAAACAAAAAUGGACUCCUUUCUUUAAUGUUGAGUAUGUAUUUGAGUGAGAGUGUAUAGUAUGAGUGAGAGUGUAUGUUUGUGUGUGUGCGAACCUGCACCCAACCCCACACACUGCCAUAGGAAAGUUACCCUGCAUCAAUGUCAGCCAGGUAUACCAUACCAGUUUGCACGUAUCAUGUAUCAGGGGGUAUAUCAAGUAUGGAUCAAACUCUGAAGUGCCUUCCAAUGGAUUGUACUAGAAGCACAAGUCCUACAGCUGUUGUAUCGUCGUCACUACAGGGUUGAAUACAUUUAACUGCUAUUUUUGGACACAAGAAAAGUCAUAGCUAAGUCGCAAACAUAAUGUCAAGACCACAAAACCUGGUUGUUUGUGAUGUACAGUAGUAAUAUUGGUAACAUGGAGCUCUAGUGAAGCCAUACUGUUAUGAUAUCAACAGGUCUCUAUUACUUCUGUAUACAACAGGUGGGUCUAAUACUGAAUGCUGAUUGGUUAAAACCACAUUCCAUACCGUUUGUUUGAGUGAGUGGGUUUACGCUGGUUCAAGAUCGUAGUGUUCUUAUUAAAACGCUAUCAUGU